CGUCAUAAUGCCACGUCAUGGUCUCCGAUUUCAAUUUCGUCUUUCACUGUCUUUGGACGUGAGUAUGAUAGAUUCGAGCGAUCUUCUGCUGCUCUUCAGGCAAAUUCUCAAGCAUCGACAAUAUGCUCAGGACAAGGAUUCCAGCUUCAGUAACCUCUGCGCUUCGAAGUGCAGAACGAUCUAGAUUGCCUGUGAGACAACUUGCCGGUCCGUCUCAGCAUGCAUCAAGAAGCCUGUCGACUGUCGCUGCUCGAGGUCGAACGCGAUCGGCGAGGUCAGCCAUGAUACCUACCCCUGCUUGGUCCGCUAGGUCUUACGCCGCGGAAGCUGGCAACAAGUUCACCCGAGCCAAGCCUCAUUUCAACAUCGGAACCAUCGGUCACGUCGAUCAUGGCAAAACUACACUGACAGCUGCCAUCACAAAGCUGAUGUCUGAGACUGGAGGUGGAAAGUUUUUGGAUUAUAACGAGAUCGACAAGGCUCCGGAGGAGAAGGCUCGAGGUAUCACCAUCAGUACGGCGCACGUCGAGUAUGAGACGCAGAACAGGCACUACGCCCACAUCGACUGUCCUGGUCACGCCGAUUAUAUCAAGAACAUGAUUACCGGUGCCGCUCAACUUGACGGAGCCAUCAUUGUCGUCUCUGCCACCGAUGGACAGAUGCCUCAGACCCGAGAGCACUUGUUGCUAGCUCGUCAAGUCGGUAUCAAAAAGCUCGUCGUUUUCAUCAACAAGGUUGACCAAGUGGAUGACCCGGAAAUGCUCGAGCUAGUCGACAUGGAGAUGCGAGAAUUGCUGUCUCAAUAUGACUUUGACGGUGAAAACACCCCGAUCGUCAUGGGAACCGCACUUGCCGCUUUGGAAGGCCGUGAUCCUGAGCGAGGUGCGAAGAAGAUUGCCGAGUUGAUGGAGAAGUGUGAUACAUGGCUCGACAUGCCUGAGCGUGACCUUGACAAACCCUUCCUCAUGUCCAUCGAGGACGUCUUCUCCAUCUCUGGUCGAGGUACCGUCGCCACCGGAAAGGUUGAACGUGGAACCAUUACAAAGGGAUCAGAAGUUGAGAUCGUCGGAUUCGAAAGUGGCUUCAAGACUGUCUUGACGGGCAUCGAAAUGUUCCACAAAGAGCUGGAUCGUGGAGAGGCUGGAGACAACAUGGGCGCUUUGUUGCGAGGUGUCAAGCGAGAUCAGAUCCGACGUGGUAUGGUGCUCGUUGUUCCUAACUCCAUCAAGGCCGUCAAACGCUUCAAGGCCCAGAUCUAUGUUCUCACCAAGGAUGAAGGUGGUCGAUACACUCCAUUCGUUGCCAAUUACCGACCUCAACUCUUUAUGCGAACCGUGGACGUGACCUGUCAGCUGGACUGGCCGGAAGGCACAGAGGAUGCUCGAGACAAGCUCGUCAUGCCGGGAGACAAUGUUGAAAUGAUUGGAAACUUGGUUCAUGACGUUGCUCUCGAGCCUGGUACUCGAUUCACGCUGCGAGAGGGUGGAAAAACGAUUGGUACCGGAAUCGUCAGCGAGAUUUACCCAUAAGACGCUUGUAAUUAUGCACAUGCAUCGCCGCUC